AUGGCUACCAACACGAAGCGGGAGAUCGUGAUAAUCGGCGGCGGUAUUAUCGGAUCCUGCUCGGCUUAUUAUUUAACAAGGCACCCGUCAUACGACCCAGCGCUGCACAAAAUCACCCUUCUUGAAGCUUCAGAAAUCGCCGGAGGGGCAUCCGGCAAAGCGGGGGGUCUGCUUGCCCUUUGGGCCUACCCAAGCGCCAUUGUGCCACUGAGCUUCAAAUUACACGCCGACCUAGCCAAAGAACACAAUGGUAAAGACACCUGGGGCUAUCGAGAAGUGAACUGCGGCCAAUUGAUCGCAAAGGGCCGUCCGUCCCAAGACAAGAAGGGAGGAGGCGCUGGCACAUCAGUCUCAUUACAAAAGCGAGAUUCAGCUGCUGUCGGUAAAUUAAGAGCAGCCGGCAUUCCAUCGGACUUGGACUGGCUCGCCCCAGAUGGUCUUCGAGGAUACGAAAGCAUGAGCGACCCCGGGGAGACAGCCCAGGUUCAUCCGUACUUGUUUACUACCUCUAUUGCCAAGCUUGCCGAAGAGAAAGGCGUCAACAUCGUAUUGGGCAAAGUCACAAACAUUGACCAGGAAUCCGACCAAGUCAAAUCCGUCACGUACACGGACAAGGCAUCUGGUGAAUCUCAUACUAUCCCCGCAACAGACGUUAUUGUGUCGGCUGGCCCAUGGACGCAAAAAGUGUUCCCCCCAGCACCGAUAUCUGCAACUCGAGCUCACAGCGUUGUCAUUCGCCCGACAAGGCCUGUAUCUGCCUAUACGCUUUUCACCAAUAUCGAGUUGCCCUCCGCGUCCAAUCCGAAGAGAUCUACCGUGGUCACGCCCGAAAUCUAUGCUCGCCCGGAUGAAACUGUAUAUGCCUGUGGAGAUGGUGACCAUCUCGUCCCACUGCCUGAAACAUCGGCAGAUGUCGAAGUCGACCAAUUGCGCUGCGAAGAUAUCAUAAAUUCAGUCGGGAGCAUUUCCGACGAGCUGAAAUCCGGCGAGGUUACCAAACGGCAAGCUUGCUAUCUACCCAAUGUUGCUAGCGGCAGUGGACCACUUAUCGGCCAUGCUGGAAUCAAAGGGCUGUACCUUGCCUCUGGCCAUACCUGCUGGGGUAUUCAAAAUGCGCCUGGCACAGGAAAGCUUAUCAGUGAAUUUGUCUUUGAAGGCGGUGCGAAGAGCGCAAAGAUCGCUGCGUUGGACCCGCGGAGUUUUUUUCCAGAACGGGCUGCCCUGUCGAUCGUCCGGGCGGAGCUUGCCUGGCGCGCGGAGCGGAAGUAUUACGUGGAGGAAAAAAUGUAUUUUGCAUCCAGACUUUCGUUCGUCUGCACCACGCUUCUAGCCGCGCUCGGCUCCGCCAACGCUGCGACUUCAGACGAUGCGUCCAUCUUGACCAACGAGGUCGCCAGAGCAAACAAUGAUUCUCUGCUAUGGGGACCGUACAAGCCCAAUUUGUACUUUGGGGUUCGCCCUCGUAUCCCCAAGAGUCUUUCCGCUGGAUUGAUGUGGGCAAAGUUGGACAACUAUAUGACAGCGCAAGGAAAUUUUAGGCAUACUUGCGAGCAGAAUGAGGGCAUGGCUGGCUAUGGCUGGGAGGAGUACGAUAUACGCAAGGGUGGUCGCCAGACCGUUCACGAUACUGGCAACUCCAUCGACAUGACCAUUGACUUUGUGAAAGUUCCUGGGGGGCUUCAUGGAGGCAGCUGGGCCGCUCGCGUAAAGGGUGUGCCUCGAGAAAGUGCCCCCGCGGACCUGUUUACAACCGUCGUUUUCUAUACGUCCUUGGAAGGCCUGGGCAGCGUCGAGGUGGAAAAGGGCGACGACGAAGACUCCGUGGGCUUCGAGGGAGACGUGAAACUAAAAGGAGUGACCCCGGAACUGGGAGAUUUUUCGAUUGAUGUGACGUCUGGUCCGGAUACCAAUGAGCAUCCUAAAUUCACCCACCCGAGCUACGAUGAGAAACCCUUGUAUCACACUUUUGUCUCUAGUUUGGAAAUGCCGCAGGAGCAUCUCUGGCAAGCAAAGACCAUCAUGUUUGCAUCUAUGAAGCCUGGUCUCGAUGCCGCGAUUGAAAAAUACGGAAAUGAAUUCCCUCCGCCACCAGCUCAACUCUUCACCCUCCCCAAUAUUCCUGGAGAGGGAAACAUACAUUUUGUGCAAAAGGUUUUCGAGGGUGCAUUUGAAUUCGACAUUCUUUUUCAAUCAGGCUCUGCACCUGAACCUCUGACUUCCGAUUUUUUGACGGACAAAAUCGAGGAGACUUCUUCGGCCUUUUCAAGCCGAUUUGAUAAGCUUUUCACGCCACAGGCGCCUUUUAACGACCCAGAAUAUUCUGAGUUUUCCAAGGCUAUGCUUUCCAACCUUGUGGGCGGUGUUGGUUAUUUCUAUGGCAGUGGCCUUGUUGAUAGAUCUGCGGCCCCAGAGUACGAUGAGGAAAACGAAGGCUUCUGGGAGGAGGCUGCAGAGGCGAGAUCACGGGUCCAGCCUACAGAGGAGGAACCCAGAGAAUUGUUCACCAGCAUCCCAUCCAGGCCAUUUUUCCCUCGAGGAUUUCUAUGGGAUGAAGGCUUCCAUUUGAUUCCAGUCAUUGACUGGGAUACAGACCUGGCUCUUGACAUUGUCAAAAGUUGGUUCAAUCUCAUUGAUGAAGAUGGUUGGAUUGGACGCGAGCAGAUCUUGGGAUUGGAAGCCCGGAACAAGGUCCCUCCUGAGUUUGCUGUCCAGUAUCCUCACUACGCUAACCCGCCAACCCUGUUCUUGAUCCUGGAAGCCUUUGUUGACAAGCUAAAGUUCAAUGAAACUAUCACCAAGCGUUCCGAUCUCGAACGCGAAGGUAUUGCGGACAGCUUGCGAUCUGCCCACCUUGAGAACCAAGAAUUGGCCGAGUCUUAUCUACGAUCCAUCUACCCACUUCUUAAGAGGCAGUACUUUUGGUUUAAGAAGACUCAAUGGGGGGAUGUCAAUUCCUACGAUCGCGAGGCUUAUUCAAGCAAAGAAGCUUACCGCUGGCGUGGACGUACCGUGCAGCACAUUCUGACGUCUGGUCUUGAUGACUACCCUCGAGCACAACCUCCCCACCCAGGCGAGUUGCACGUUGACUUGAUCAGUUGGAUGGGACUGCUCAGCCGCUCCAUUCGCCGAAUUGCAGAGUCGAUCGGAGAGUCCGAGGAUGCCGAGGAGUUUGCUGUUUACGAAAACGCCAUCACUCGAAACAUUGACGAUUUGCACUGGGACGAGGAUGCGCAGACAUGGUGCGAUGCCACGAUCGACGACUUUGAGGAGAACGUCCACGUCUGCCACAAGGGCUACAUUUCCAUCUUUCCCUUUUUGACUGGCAUGGUUGGGCCGGACAGCCCGCGUCUCAAGGCGACACUUGAUCUGAUCCGAAACCCUGAAGAGCUCUGGAGUGACUAUGGUAUUCGCAGUCUGAGCAAGAAUGAUCCCUUCUAUGGAACCGAGGAAAAUUACUGGCGAAGCCCUGUCUGGAUUAACAUGAACUACAUGGUUUUGAAGAGUCUUUACGAUAUUGCCACAUCUGCUGGUCCUCACAAGGCGGAAGCGACCAAGAUCUACUCUGAGCUCCGCACGAACCUUGUCCAAAAUGUUUUCCGAGAAUGGCAAAGAACCGGGUUCGCCUGGGAACAGUACAACCCAGACAACGGCCAGGGCCAGCGAAUCCAGCACUUUACCGGCUGGACAAGUUUGGUUGUUAAGAUGAUGACUAUGCCUGGCCUGUCCUCGUCUUCUGCGGGUCGUGGUCAUGAUGAACUGUGA